UGUGUGUGUAGGUGUGCGAUGGGGAACUCGUAUGCAGGCCAGUUGAGGACCACGCGUUUUGAGGAGGUGCUUCAUAACUCCAUCGAGGCUUCUCUCCGCUCCAACACUGUGGUGCCACGGCCUGUCUUCUCACAGCUCUACCUGGAGGCAAAGCAGCCAACCCUGCACAACGGCCGGGUAGAGAAUGAGGAUGAGGAGGAGGAAGAUGGCUCAGAGUCCAACAGCCCUCCCGUCCCGUACAAGAUGAAGCCCACCCCAGAGGGAUGCUGCACGACGGACGGAUUCUGCCAGGCGGGUAGAGACCUGCGUCUAUCCUCCCUGGUGUCAGAGCCUCAAGACGUGCCCCCAGGAUUCCAGCUGGUAGGGGCCUUGUCUGCAGGCGCACCAGACACCCUGCUGGUGUGUGCAGUCGACCGCAGGUUCCUGCCCGAUGAACGGGGAUGCAACGCACUGCUGGGGUUCUCGGGGAACUGUAUAGGCUGUGGAGAGAAGGGUUUUCGCUACUUCACAGAAUUCUCCAACCACAUCAACCUGAAGCUGAGCACCCAGCCCAAGAAACAGAAGCACUUAAAGUACCAUCUGUAUAGGAACAACCAGGGACAGCUGGUCAGAGGGGCUGCUAUCUGCUGGAAGGGCCUCGAGAGCAGAGGGAGACAGACAGUGCCCAACGCCUCUGACGGGCAUGUAACCUCAGACAAUCACUUCCCCAACCCAGCAGUCACCGCUCACCCUGCACACACACCCGGGAACUACACAGCCAGUUUCCCUUUAGAACCCAUUGCCCCCCCUCCCCUGGGCAACGGGAGCCACAUCCCCCUAUCCCAGAAUCCUCUGCCCCAGACUCCCAUAUUGUCGAAAGGACCUGGGAGACCCACAAUUAUAGGUACACUCAAUACGGGACCACUUAAAAAGAGACACAGAGGCUGGUCUCCUGCUGGGGUUGAGUCUGCUGUGAAGACCCCCCUAUCUUCCUCCUCCUCUUCCUCAUCACUCACCAAUUGGACCAAACCAGACAAUGCCCCUCCAGUGAGUCUGUCCCAGGGGUCCUCCAACUCCCCCUCUCCUCCCGGGCCGUCUGUCACAGUGCCUGAUCAGCUGCUACACACCUGCAGACUCCAGCCAAUCAUCUUCAGUGGUCAUGGCAGCCUACCUCGGCUGAGUGGUAAGGUGUCUGAUGUGCAGGUCAGUUCCCUGCUCCAGAGCUGCUAUCAGAACUGCCAGGCCCUGCCCAGGGUCUACCAACACUACGGAUCCUCUCCCAUACAGCCCCUGUCUGUAGAGAUGCAGAUACUACUCACUGUGUACUACCUGGUGCAACUAGGUCCAGACCAGGUCUUGCUGAUUGAGGACCUGGAGCAGAUCUUCAUGCGUUCCUGGAGAGAGUCCCACCUCAGUGAGAUCCGCCAGUACCAGCAGCCCCAGCCUGGCCUCUCCCUCCCCCAGGCUCCCUACACCCUGCCUGGGCUUCCACUGCCCCAGGCCCAGCCUGGCCUCUCCCUCCCCCAGGCUCCCUAUACCCUGCCUGGGCUUCCACUGCCCCAGGCCCAGCCUGGCCUCUCCCUCCCCCAGGCUCCCUACACCCUGCCUGGGCUUCCACUGCCCCAGGCCCAGCCUGGCCUCUCCCUCCCCCAGGUUCCCUACACCCUGCCUGGGCUUCCACUGCCCCAGACCCAGUCCCUCACCCCCUCCCAGCUGCCCUGGCUGGCCAACCUGGCAGCCUCGUCAUGUGGGGAGGGAGUGGUGGUUCUGGGGGAGAAGGUCUCGAUGGCUCUAGGGCUGUCUGACACCUUCAGUAGGCUGAUGGAGGGACAGCUGGCUCAUACCAACUAUGUGGUCAUCAUCUGUACAGCCAAGGGACAGGAGACAGAGUCUUGCAUGGUGGUGACAGGUCAACACCAGUGUCGUGCCCUGACUGAGGGGAUGUUCAGUCCCAGUGAUAGUCUGAGAGAGAUCAGUCAACAGCUGUCCUCUGGCAUGACCCAGGAGCUCACUACCUUCUGCAACUCUCUGGGACCUGAAGGUGAUGUAGAUGUGUUGCUGGAGAGUGCUGCUGUGGAGAACAGGAGCCAACUGACCCCCCUGUCCAUCAGUCAGGAGUGUAGAAAAGACAGCAGGCCUGUAGACAGACAGACGGACAGAGCUACAGGCAUCCCCAAAGAGCCAGCCAGAGACACACACACAGACAGAGCCGAGAGCCCCAAGGACUCCUGCUCAGAGUACCGUGUAGAGUGGCGGGAGGUGCGGCCCAUCCAGUUGGUGGUAGCCAGGAAGCUGCUGUCCCAUGUGUGUGCCAUCGCUGACUCCAGCACUCAGAACCUGGACCUGGGCUCCUUCGACAGGGUCCACUUCCUCAUCUGUGUCCCUCCAUCUGAGGUCACCUUCCAACAGACUGUACUGCAUCUCUGGAACUCAGGUGUCCUACAGAAUCUGGGGUUGGAGCAAGACUGUCUGUCUCAGAGAGAGGCAGAGCGCUACGUGGUGAAGAUGGACCAGGAGGCCAGGGCGCGCAUUGAUGACCUCAUACAGGAAGCAAACAGGAACCCCAACACACUCUUCAUUCUGGUUCAUGACCACGCUCACUGGGACAUCAGCAGUGGAGGGUAUGGUGCCAGCGGUGGUGACUCCGGCAGUGGGUUGGUGGACAGCCUGCUCAACUCCUGUCAGAUCAAAGACGCCAACAACAUCCUGAUUCUCCACGUCACCUCGUUCCCCUUUGCCCUGCAGACACAACACACACGCAUCAGCCCAUACAACGAGAUACACUGGCCCUCUGCUUUCAAUAAUGAAGUGGAUCUGUACCUUGAGAAGACACAGUACUUUGGUGUGUGUGAGCUGCUGGACUCGACUCGUUCAGGCAGCGGUCUGCCUCUCCUCCGCUACGACAGCUCCUUCGAAAGCAUGGCCUCUGUCCUGGAAGAGAGGUUCCCCAAGCUACACAGUGCAGUGAUCCGGACCCAGGUUUUAAUACAACACUACUGUGUGGCCAUGAUGGCCGUGUCGGGUCGGUCUGGCUCAGGGGGGCGGAGCCAACAUAAACACACCUCCGUCGAGACGCUGGAGAUCGUCCAGAGCCUGCUUAGCGCCUCCCAGCGAUGCCCCUCCCACCAUGGUCACAUGGUGCUGCUACGGCUCCCCUCAUUGGCUCUGGCAGGGUGGGCCCACCAACGGCUGGUGCGGAUCAGACAGAGACUGGGGCUGGGGGAGCUCUUUGAGAUCAUCCUGGGAAACCCCAGCCAAACCCUCAGCAUAGGACAGAGCUUCACUGAGCGCAUCAAGACAUGGCUGAAGAUCCAGGAGACAGACUGGGUUCCUCGUACCUACCUGGAGCUAGAGGCCCUGCCCUGCAUCCUCAUCCUCUCUGGGGCAGACCCCCUGGGAGAGUCCCUACCCAGAUCACUGAAGUACUGUGAUCUGCGUGUGAUAAGCUCCUCCUACCUGCAGCGCACAGCAUUGGAGCAGGAGCUAGGAUUGGCGGCCUACCUGGUGAGGGUGGAGUCCCAGGGGUCACAACCCCACGGCCACGCCCCCGGCCUGGGCAGUGACCUAUCAGAGAGCGACUCAGACAAACUCAACAGCACCGACAAUGAGGAGAAGGAGGGGGGAGAGAACACUCUGAAAUCUGACCUCCCUGGCCUUGGUCACAGCGCUCCCUCUGUCCCUCACCCUCCCUCGGUUCUCCAGCCCCCCCGAACCUUCCACGACAGCAUUGCUGCGGACCCCCUCCAUCCCCACACCACCCCCCAAGGCCCUCACCGCCCCCCCAACACCCAGCGCCGGCCCUCCAUGUCCACUUCCUUGGUUUCCUCCUCCCCCCUACCCCCCUCUCUCCUUCAGGGCUGCUCCUGGGCACGGGGGGUGAGCCGCCCCCCUUCCCUGCUGCUGCCCCGGGGACUCUAUGACAUCAUCAAGGCACGCGACGGGAGCGGGCUGCCUCGCUGCACCUCCUUCCUACCACACCGGUCUGUGGCCUGGGCCAGCUCCUUCAGACCUCUGCUGAGUAAGAUGAUGACGUGUACAGAACAGUCUCUGUAUUACCGCCAGUGGACCAUCCCACAGCCCCGCCACAUGGACAGCAGCAACCGCCCUGCAGAGGGACGCACAGACAACUUCCAUCCCCGCAGACUGCUGCUCAGUGGACCCCCACAGGUGGGGAAGACAGGGGCGUACCUCCAGUUUCUGGGCAUCCUGUCUCGUAUGCUGAUCCGACUGAUGGAGGUGGACAUCUAUGAUGAGGAAGAUAUCAACUUCAGUGGUCAGCUGAAGCGUGUCCAGUACCAGCCAACCUGUGCCUCCUGGCCAGUCACAGACACACUGAUGGGCAUUCCGUUUGACUACACCGUCCACGACCCCAAAUAUGAAGACAUCAGCACUGUCUACUGCCCUGACUACUACCCCAACACUGAUGGAAUCCCCAGACGUCAGGAGGACGUGUAUCUGCGGAGGCAUACGGCCAGAAUCAAACUGUCUAAAUACGCAGCCUACAACACCUACCACCACUGUGAGCAGUGUCACCAGUACACGGGCUUCAACCCUGCAUACCAGAUGUAUGAGUUGACCCUGCAUGCCUUCACCUUCUCCCACCUGCUGCUGGGGGAGGAUAUCCAGCUCUACUUCAUCAUUCCCAAGUCUAAACACCACCACUUCAGCUUCAGCCAACCAGGAGGCCAAUUAGAGAGCAUGAGACUGCCCCUCACCUCCGAUUGGAACCCAGACUGUAUCAAGAGUCCCAUCUUCACCCCAACAACAGGUCGUCAUGAGCAUGGCCUGUUCAACCUGUACCACGCCAUGGAUGGGGCGGCCCACCUCCACAUCCUGGUCAUCAAGGAGUAUGAGAUGGCUGUCUAUAAGAAGUACUGGCCCAACCACAUUAUGCUGGUGCUGCCUACCAUCUUCAAUGGAGCCGGGCUCGGUGCGGCCCACUUCCUGAUCAAGGAGCUGUCCUAUAACAACCUGGAGCUGGAACGCAGCCGCAGGGUGGAGGGAGGAGGGCCGCCAGCCGACGUCUGGCCCUUCAUCAUCCUCUCUGACGACUCUUGCGUCAUGUGGAACGCUGUGGACCUGGACUCACACAGUACCUCAGGCCCUGCAGAGAGGAACGUGUCUCUGAAGCAGAUGCUGCAGCACAUGGAGGCGUGUCCUGACCUCACACAGUUUGGCCUCUGUGGGAUCAGGAAGUGGAGCAGUCACUUCCCAGGUCAGGGGUCAGGGGGAGGAGCUCGUCACAGGGAGCCUUUCUCCAGAGGACACCUCCAUGACUUCCUGCUUCUAAACGUGGACCUGACCCAGGGCAUCCAGUUCAACCAGAACAGGUUUACGUGUGAUGAUGUUGACUUCACCCUGCGAGUCCACAGUGCUGGUCUGCUCAUCUGUCGUUUCAACAACUUUAGUGUGAUGAAGAAACAGAUCUCUAUUGGAGGAUACCACACCUUCAUCAUCAAGAACAAGAUGACUGACGUCCCCACCUCGGUCCAGCCGUCUCAGUAUAUCUGUGCCCCGGACAGCAAGCAUCCAUUCCUGGCCACGCCUGCACAGCUACUGCUGGAGAAAUACCUGCAACACUCUAGCCUGUUCCCCCUUAGCACAUGCAACUACACACACCCCAUACUGUCUGUAGACUGCUACCUCAACCUGGGGCCUGAGGUGACGGUGUGUUUUGUGAGUUCCAGACCUCGCUCCAUCAACAUCUGUACUACAGGGCUGCUGUUCAGCGGCCUGUUGCUCUGCUUCUGGGAUUCCUUCGUCACGCCAGGAUUCCUAAAGAACUUUCACUUCCUCAAAGGGGCGGUUCUGUGUGUGAUAUGUGCUGACCGCAGCUCUCUGAGACAGACAGUGGUGAGGCUGGAGCUCGAGGACGAGUGGAGGUUCCGGCUGAGUGACGAGUUCCAGACAGCCAACGCUAAAGAGGACCGGCCCCUCUUCUUCCUCACAGGGAAACACAUAUGAUCCCCCCUAACUCCUAAACCCAUGAAUCUCAACCCGUACCCCUCAGCUGGAACCCUGCUGUAGGUUCAAAACAGAAAGGCCAAAACUGUCAAGCCAAUAACCCAUGGAGAGAGUAGCUGCUAGUGAAUAUAGCUAUGAGUCUGCGACUUGUAUGGCUCUGUUUACUGUAGCAUUGCUGUGGUAUUUACUACAAUACUACAAUACUCCAAUCAGCCCUCCUCCUCUCUGGUGUGAUUUGUUACAAGUCAUCAUUCCACAGUGCAUGCCACCAUUCUCAUUGUAGAUAAUGAAGUGUUUUUUUUUAAAGACGUUUUUUGUGAUAUACAAUGAUUCAAUAUUUUGCAUAUAUUUUGACAGUUUUGUGUCAUGUAAAAAGUACUUAUCUAUGUAAAAGAAGAUGUUUUCUUCAGUGAUUUCACGCCAGUGUUCUUCAAGAGGUGAGAACUCUUAUGUGUAUGUGGCUCUCAUUUCUGAAGCUCCGUGUUUGUGGUCUCCUGAUUAUCAAUAUGUUGAGAAACUUGAAUUGAUGUUGUCAUGUUCUAUAGACACAAUGUCCUGUGUACUGUUAUGUUUUACAAUGUAUAAAUGUACAUGUUCUGAAAACAGUCUCAAUCUAUUUUACAGUAUCUGCUGUUGGUUAUGCUGUACAUCCGUCUGAAUGAUGUUUUUUACCAUCAGGUCCGAGAGAACCACUCGGAGUGCAGGGUUUCAUUCCAGCCCAGCACUAACACACCUGUUUCAAAUAAUCAACUAAUCACAGGCUGUAUGUAGUCUGGACCAGGAAUAGUUGAUGCGGGGCUGGAACAAAAGCCUAUGCACCCAUUUGCUGUCCAGGUGCUGGAGUCAUAAAACCCUGCUCUAAACAUUGACUCACUGCUCUUCACACAU